AUGAAGCUUUCCUCAAUCAUUGCUGGAUUUUUUACUCUCGCGUCGGUGGCUCAGGCUUCUGUCAUCAAACCAAGCCAACAACAACCCAACACUGCUCAGCAAAUCCCCGUCGCUGCCUUCUCUCUUGGGUACAAUCCUAUCAUUGCAAACUCUGCUACACUUCCUUGGGUAACCAUUGAUGGUACUGGAGAUGAUACUCAUGACUAUUACUCAUUUGAGGUCCCCAAUUCAGGAAUGAUUGCUUCCAUCUUUGAUGUGGACAAUGCGGGUGGCUUCGAUUCAUUUCUCACUUUGUAUGACUCAAGUGGAAACUACCUUGCACAUCAUGAUGAUCAGGGUGACGGUCCAGCUGAUCCUGGCUCAAACCACCAUCGUGACUCUUACUUGAUCUACACCUUCAAUGCUCCUGGCGUAUAUGUCAUUGCUGUGGGUCGAUGGUCAGGGAUUUAUGGACCCCCAGGCGACGUUGUUCCAAAUUUUGCCACGCACAAGUUGCACAUUUCCCUGGGUUAUUCGCAAGCACAGCUUCGAGCUGCUUACGGCAUGGGAGACCCACACUUCAAGGUACGACUCAGCAAGCCACGGUCAGCCCAGUCCAUUGAACCUUUUGUGGACUAA